GCUUCGUUGCGGGGUGACCUCUCUUCUACCUCGGCGAAGGUGUCUCCUCCGCGCCGGGUCCUCCUCUCGGAGUUCGUCGUCGGGUGCUCGCGCGAGCGGACGGCCAUUCGGACCGCGAAUUCGACGUCCGCGCACGAGAAUUGAAUAACUGCAGCGACAACGUUUACCAAGAGCCACGCAUUCAUGGUUGAGCAAAUCUUGGGUGAUUGCUCUACGAUCCUUUCCUUUGGAGGAUCUCGCCGCUCUUCAAGUCUUCAAGGCUCCAUUGAAAAUCUUCAUCGGUAAUCUGCAAAUCCUGCGAGGAACAUCGAGAGACGUAACGAGAGCUUGGAAUCGAUCCGCUGAGACAUUCCCGGGGCUCGAGUUCAUUAAAGUUGAUUAAAGCUGGCUCGGUGUCGAUGAAGACGAAUGAGGCAUGUUUACAUUCACCGUAUGCGAGACUCAAUCGGGAGGAAACGUAUGCACACGUGAAGAUUGAUACGUAGCUUGGGUUAGAUCGCGUAACCCGAAGAUCAAAACGUAGAAACAUAGACGCCGUGAAGAAUUUAAUAUUUCGCGUAGAUACUCCACAAAGAAUUUGCCCUUUGAAUGCUUUCGACAUUUUAUACAGAAACGUAAACGUCAUGAAGAAUUUGUAUUCGAGAACUUGACGUUCCGUGUAACGAAACAGGCGCCGGAAAGAGCGCGCGAUGCAAGAGCUCGACGUUUUCCCUUAGCGACAUGGCGAGCAGCGUGAAGUGUAUUUUAAAGAUUUAAGAUUUUCUGCGCGAUCUGCUUCGAAAGGUACCUAUACAUCUAAUACAUCGUUCUGUUCCGCAUCGCGCGCGCCGAAAACUAUCUCGUCACGAAGAGUGCCUAAUCGUCUAUCGUAGUUCGCGUUCAGACAAUGUGAAAGUUCUUUAAAGACGACGAUGAUGAUGACAACGCCAAUCAUCGCGCACUCGUUACGGUCAAUCGCGACUCACGUCAGUGAUCUCUCACGGAGCGGCUCACAAGGCGCAUAAUCCUCGUGUGCUCUUCGAAACGAGUCUGGAUCGGAGAGAAAGGGAGUGACCGAUCGAUCGCCGUAAUAAGGGAGCUUUCUGUAGAGGCGACGGCUUGAAGCACGCCCAUCGUGCCGGAAAAAGGGCGCCUCUCGCGAAGAAAAGUGGACGACGACCCUCGUCCCCGCGAACGAUCCUCUCGGGAGAGGGCAUCGAGGCGCGUAAGAAGCCUCGUGAAGAACCGUUCUCGAGACAAACCGAGCCCUUUUCAUCUGAGAAAAUCACGGGCGGACUCGACGUCGAGUCCUCUCGAUUGCUGCGACCCCGAGGAAGCGCGCGAGGACCUUGCAGGAUUAAUCCGGCGACGGGAGCGUUGUGGAUCGUUUAAUAUCUUGGACCUGGAACGGCUUUGUUGUACUUCGUCCCUUGUCGACGUGGUGGUCCUCGACGUGAAGUCUUCGUAAUUCUUCGCUUAUGUCGACGACGUGGUGGUCCCUAUUCUAUCGUGUAUCAUCGUCUCGAUCGUUACUGGAGCCGCAUACGAGAUACCUCGAAGCCCAUAAUUAAGGAUACAAUUAAUGGCCCGCCAAUUAAAUAUAAUUAACUCGAUGGUUAGAACGCGGUGGCCACUGUCUGCCAAUUAGCGCGUUAGCGCCUUAUCGAUCAUCGGCCGCCUCGCGGCGCGCUUCGAUUCGCCGAUCGAGACAAUAAGAUCGAUCGUAAGUGAUCGCGGUCAACGGGUGUGCAAGGCCAGACAGGAAUGAAGAGGGAGAGAAGAUAGUCUGAGCGAGUAAGAGAGCGAUAAUUUGAGCGAAUGGAAACAUCCGCUCGGUGAGAAGUUAGAGAAUCGAGAUAACGCGUUAACGAGGUACGAUUAACGACCUCUUGAGGUCGAUAAACGUGUCGUUGCCUUCAGCGAACUCGAGCGAUUCUCGGGAACGCUUUUCCACGUGACCGCUUCCGGUAAAAAGAGUUGUUCCUGAAGUCGACUUUUAUAGCAAUAUACAUGAAUCGCGUGAAGAGGAUGAAGCUCGUCAAGAAUACCUAGAAACAUAAGAAUAGUUCCUCGAGCUGCGUCCGUCACCGUCAACGCGUUGAAUCAGUUUACCGAAAGGCAUCAUUGGAUAAAUUGGAUAGGCUUUCUGGACAGAUAUUUUUUUGCAAGAUCGAUUCGUUCCGCACGACAGUAAUCCUCGUCGGACAAUCUUCUUACCAAUCUUUUACUGCCAGCGUUUGGAAGUUGAAGAUGCGAUUUUGCGUGGCCUAAAGUCCAUCGAGUCGAAAGUCAUCGGGACUCUGGCAAGGCGAACUAGCGAGGAAAACGUCGCGAACGGAAGGAGGAACGGAGAAUGCCGGCAGGGUGCACGUGACAAACGGGGCUUCCCUCCAGAUUCGCACGCACGCUGAGGUGGAGGAUGGAGGAGCUGGAGACGCUGGAGAGCACGGAGUGCCCGGAGUGCCCCGGGCCGCCCCCUGAGUUCCGGUUGCCACCGCCCCCCCGGCCGCCUUUCCUCACCGAGGGCACUUUCUGCUCGGAGUCACCUCUUGCCGAGCUCGAAGACUGUGUUGCUAUUCCGAUGAUCGACGCUUCCUAUCAUACGAACCCGUCGUUGCAAAGCACUGCCCUAAUCAUCACCUGCGCGGUGGUCCUCCUGCUGAUGGCUGCGAUCGUGUCUGUCGUUUUCUGGAAGCACAAACGGAAAGUGCAAAACUUGCUGCCGUGCAAGAGCGCAGCGGGCGCGGCAGCGGUCGCCGGACGGGGUCGCGUGCUGCCGGACGGCCAGCCGCAUCCGGGCCCCGGCAUUGGCGGCGGCGGUGCCGGCGGCGCCGUUCUUUACGAGGACCUACAGGAUCACGCGGUGUCGCACUCGCAGCUGCACAAUCACCUGCCGACGAGUCACGGCCAGGCGCCGACGAUCGAGGUACGAAAUCCCGAGUCGCCUAGAGAAGAAAUGCUGGACGUCAAGGACGGCGGAAGAGGAGUAUUCGUCUGCAGCAGUCCCGGUCCUGAUCCUUACACAUCGCAGGACCUUUAUAAUCCUGUCUACGAGGAGCUCAGCAACGGGGACCAUCCGGAGACGGACGAGGAGAGCGAGUUAAACGCCCGCAAUCGUCUGCAUCAUCAUCAUCAUCAUCACCGUCAUCAUCACCGCACGUCCAGCGCGUCCAAGCCGGCGAGCGAGGAUGAGUUCGCCGAGGACGAGCUGUCGGUGGGCGAGCCAUCGGAGGCGAGGAUGCUCACUUCAAGCAACGGCCCCACCUGGGGUACGUGCCCGGCCGGUGGCAGGCCACCGCGCGAACGACGCGGCCGCAGCCCCAGGAGCCUCGACCGACGCAGACGAGACAAGAACCACGACAUGGGCGAAUUCCACGAGGGCAUGCUGCUGGACGCGCUGCUUCAACUCUAUCCUAGCGUCGCAGGCGUGGCCGGUGCUCGAACAGGCACCGGCAGCACUCAACGUCAGCAGUCCGUCCCGUCGGUGGCGCACAGGUUACCGUACUUCGUGCCGCCCUUGCCGGCCGCGCAGCCACCGCGACUCGAGGAGAACCCCUACGAGAGUGUGCCGGUACUGGGCCCUCUUCAUCGUUACUCCAGCCAGAACAGGAGCGGCAAGGAGCGUUCGCGCAACGGCAAGACCGGCAACGACAAGUACAAGUAUCUAUCGUCGCACCAGCCAUACGGUGCGGACUACUACGGUCUGCAGAAUCAGUCUGAUGUCACGACGCCGCUCUACACCCAGGUGGGCGGCGAGUACUCGGACACGUACUCGCAGCCGACCGAUCGGCUGUUCGGCGACGACAAGUACAGCCAGCCAGUGUAUUACACGAACUCGACCCGAGACUCGGCGUGCGAUCAGGUAACCAAUGCCGGCCGAUUGUAUCAGGGCCAGCCCGAUAGCAGUUUCGGCAGCGACAGCGGUUACAGCCACCACACGUCCGGCACCACCGGCACCACCGGUACCAGCGGCACCCGCGGCAGUAAUUCCCGGACAAAUCACCGUAGGGACAAGCAACGUAACUCCCAUCACUCGCAUCAUUCCGCGGACUACAUCGUGUCCUAAUGGAGGACCGAUCGCGACGUCUCUGAGGGUUCUCUUGGAGAUGUGCUCUCUCCUCUGAGAAAAGAGAGAAAAGCAAAAAGACAAAAGACCUUAUUUCUGUCACGUUGUUGUCACGAUGGAAUGAUGGCAACCAUCGAGCGUGUUCUUUAACGGAAAGAAUGGCUGAUACUGAUUCGGCUGUGCUAAACUGCUGUAUUUUGAUACUUCGACGUCCACAGUUAAGAGUCAAUAAAGGUAUUCUUAUCGCUUCGGCGAAUCAAGUCGCGACAAUCGUAUUGAACGACUCGAUCGUCGAAGCGACGAGGAGACCCGCGAGUAAGUGACGAUUCGGACUUGACGAGAAAAACACAGUGAUCUCUUAGUGAUUUAUACAUAUAAUCGACACACAAGACUAUCUAACAAAUUUAUUUGUAAUUUAAUGAGACUCAGGCUGGUACCAAAGGGCGUUAACAAUUACUUUUACCUUUUUAGUCCAAUCCUUUGUAAUUUAUAUACGUAGAGGGAGAGCAUUAACCGCGGAACGAGCUAACUUCGUCCUCGUCGUGAUGUCGUCGCCCGCAAAUCGUGCGACUACCAAUCGCGAAGAGCUAUGAAGAAGCACCGAAAUCACCCUAAGCGAUCAAUCCCAUCGCUCUUUCAAGCAAUUAGCAGUUUUGUAAACUGACAAACGUGCGAAAUAUUCGAAAUCAAAACCCGUCGGAUCAAAAACUCGUAGAUUUGUUUAUUCUAAAAUAAGAUGAAAUUUGAUCUUUUUAAAAUAACAUCGAAAAUCGCUUAAUCCAAAGUCUAAGAUGUCAAGGGUGUGGUAUUUCUAGGCUAAAUAACGAAGUUGUGUGUUUAAAAUGAACAGUGCAAAUUGCGAAAUAAGCGGGUCUCGAUUACGGGUGUUUCGCCCUAGAUUAACGAUCCACUGCCAGUCCUAUCCUAAACGGUCGGACGUGUUCAGCCGACCGGCAAAUUUCGUACAAACUUUGAUACGAUGAAACGUAUAAUUUUUGUCCCGCCCUCGGAGAAGGGAGAAGAUCCGAUCGCACAUUACACGAUAGGGAACGUUAGACUACUACGCGGUUAUCUAGUCCGAUAAUAAUCACUUUCCAUACCAAUGACGCUUUAGGAAGUCUCGCAAUGGGAUGCGAAGCGACACAUGCAUGCUGAUGAUAGUCUUGAAAUGUAGUAGUAAACACACGCACGGUAGACUAACGCCGAGUCCUCAAAUUAUCCGUCAGCAGGAAGGCAAGAACAAUGUAUGUAUGUUGGAAUCUGAUCAACCAAUUAAAUUACUCGAUAAAAGCAUUAUGUUGUUUUCUGCCAUCCUUAAAAAAGAUUUCUUAUUUAAGGAAGACAAAAACAAUUUAUUUAUAUAAUGUCUUGUCAUGUGAUGGGCUAUAAUAU